CGCAAUCCAGAUAUUAGGAAUCAGGGAAUCACUGUUUUCACCAAGCGUUUAAAUGACGCAGGCGGCACCAUGGGGACAUUGGGGAGAGCCUCCCCUUGGCAAUCCAGUUGAAGAGCUUAGUGUGGGCCUCUUUCCGACCUACGAGCCUGGAAAGGAUUGCUGGACAGGCAGUGCCGCCACCUAUGCCAAGUGUUGUGAUUUGGCCAUGAAUCCCAUGGGAAACAUCUGGAAUUGCUGGGACAACAAUCGCUUCACCUUCGAACGCUGCUGCUUCCUUGGGGAGGCCGCGCUGGGCGAAGCUCCUCCCAAGCCGCUGCUCCGCCCCGCGCUGCGCGCGCAAGCGUCGCGGACGUCGGCGCCACGGGAGGAACUGCUCUUCCAGCGGCCGGCAGGUCAGGAGUGUUGGGUCCACGGCUUCACCUUUGCAGCCUGUUGCCUGGCUGGGAUCAACAGCUGCUGGGACGAAAUCUUCACCCACGCAGCCUGCUGUGAUGGUCGGCCGCAGCUGCCACAGGCGGGUCCUAUCGUGGAGGCUACGAACCCGAUUGUGAAUUGUUUGGACUUGUCCAGCCACUUGACCCUAGACCUGGAGCAGCGUCCGCGGCAGUGUCCGCAACGCUACUUCUACCUGGCCACCAUGGGCACAGCACUGAUCGGAGCGGAUCGGAAGGGCCUUCCCUGGUGGUACCCGGCAGAUGAUGUGCAGAUGGUGAAACCCUUGCGGCCUCAAAGGAUGCACUUCGUGGGUGGCAUCUGUGUGCCCUCGAGCUGCUCUGUGGAGGCCACAGCCUCUUAUCUCGCUCCCCUGGUGGCUCCCUGGUGGCGUUCUCCGCGUGCCAAAGCGCAGCCCUUGAACGCAAGCCACGUGACGCUGCCGCCUCCCCUAGCGGUGCGGCACAAGGCCUUUGGGGACCCCAAGGCCAAGAUCAACCUGACCUUUACAGCUUGGACCGCGCUGCGCCCAGCGAAUGGGGAAGCACUGGCGGACUUGGAUCGUUGGGAUUUUGCCAUGAUCCUGUAUCGCUCCGGCGCCAGCUGGUCCAAGGGGAAGGCCAUCCUAAUUUGGACGGCCCUUGGCGCCCUGUUGAUCUUUGGUGCAGUGCCCAGUGGCGUUGAUCUCGAGAACUUCCUAUCGCCCUCGUUCCACUUGCUCAGACUUGGACUACCUAGAGGUCCUAAGCACCUGGAACUCUUUCGAUUAGUGCUGACCGUGCUGGUGCUGGUGAUCCACGUCAUGGAUCAUGGUCCUUGGACCCCAGUGCAGCAGCAUAGCGGCGCGGCGUAUCUCAUGUUACUGCGAAGCUGUAUGAGCCGUGUGAACAUUGGCUUCGUGGUGCUUCUGGUUCAUCUCAGCAUCAGUCGGAGGUCGCUGAAACAGGCAAUCUCCCCGUGGGGAUGGAUCAGGGCUAUGGCUUUCCACACCCUGAAGCGUUUGUUUGUCAUCGCUCCAGUGGUAAGUGCUUGGAGCCUUGUCUUUGUACAGGCACCAUUUGAUGAUGUGCCGAUGAACAACAUCCUGAAGUCCAAUCCGCUUUACCUGUGGUAUGGGGAACGAAGAGACCAGUGUGAGAAUCCCUUUCAGCUGCUCUGCAGCGUGUUAUUCAUCCAUGCACCUGUGAUGGGCAUGUCGGGCCACCCAGGUGGUCCCACCCAGGUGGUCCACGGUCCCACGGCCGAGGGUUGA